CGGCUUCAUCCGCUUUUGCUUUCUUUUUCACGUGUUCCUUUUCGCGCAUUUAUUUUCGCGAACGCCAUCACCAAAACAAAACACUACGAAAAAAAAUGCAAACCUGAACCAGAUCUGAUACUCAAGCGCCUCUUGUCUUUCCACCGCUUAUCCCUUCAUUGCAUACACACACCAUGGAUAGGAAAGGCAAGACGCGCACGCUUUUCAUCCCCAACAAUGUCAUUGACGCCGCCACCCAACGGCUCUUUGUCGUAUCCUUCUUUGUGCUUGUGCAGGCGUAUAAGCUCUACGACUUGGUGGUGCUUAAGGCGGUCGUGCCCGUGGCUGGUGCAUACACAAAUCAGCAGUUGGGGUUUGUAAUCAAGUAUUUCCUCCUUGAUGGGCUUUUCCUCUGGUCAUUGCCGGUGUUGAAUAUCCCGUUGUUGACGUUUCUGCCGCUCACGGUGUUGUGCCAGACCAUGGCGCUUCUGACGCUCACGUUAUUUCUCGCCAGCAGUAUGGCGCUUCCAUUCAGCGGGAUAUUUCUAUCUCUCUGGAAGCUCUUUUUCGACCGCGAGGUGACUAUUGCGGGAGAUUCGGUCAAUCCCAGCGACGUCUACGACUACGCUGCGCACUUCAGGGGCCGCCAUACAGUCAAGUUUCUUCCCGACUCAUCUGCCCGACUCAACCCCUUCAACGACCGGUUCUGUUUUGCCGACGAGCCAGUGUAUGUGCCGAUCCAGUUCAACGCCAGUGAGGUUGCCUUUGUCCAGGUCCAACAUACAUCGUUCUCGAACCAGGUCACCUUGCUUAACUACACCAAUGCGGAAAUCCUGCGCUGGACACGUGAUACAGCGCAUCUUCAAGACCAGGCUGAUGAGGAUUCGGUCUUCUACCUCGAGUUGCCCAUUUCCGAACCCGGCCACUACCGCUUGAAACAGGUGCUUGACCCCAAACAGUUUGGCGUGAAGUUAUACAGACAUGAUUUGUUUGUGCCGGAGUGUCCGUCUGUACGCUUCUCUCUGGUCAGAUGGGGCACUAAGUGCAUCCACACCGACGAUGAUAUGGCCGUGGCUGUCUCCGGUGUUCCACCAUUCACCGUACAAUAUUCCGUCUCGAUAAACGGCCAGACUGAGACGUUUCCGCCACAAAUUAUCCCCCCAGAGGAUCUACCUCCAUUAGAUCGUUCCCAGAUGAAGGACAUUGCAUGGGGAAAGCUGGUGCGCAUGGAGGUUCCACUUGGCUACCAUAUCGUGAAGCCUGGAAAGCACGCAAUUGUCAUCAGCCGUCUUGUUGAUGGUUUUGGAAAUUCGUUUGACUUCAACGUGCGGUCAAGAGACCCUGAAAUCUACUAUGGCUUCACGGCGUACGACGUUCCGACGGUAAGCUUGGUCGACCCGCUGGGUCUACCGAUUCUCGUGGGCGGCGAGAAGAAGCUCCUCGUAGAUGUCGCAGGGGGUUUCAGAAAGGGUGACGCCCCGUACACCGCAGAAAUGGCCUAUAUUCACGAAGACCCCGCAUUGAGCUACAAUUUUACCCAACAGUUUGUUAAUACCAACUCCCUUGUGGUUUCCAAACCGGGUAAGUAUAUUUUGCGCAACGUGCACACCAAGUACUGUGGUGCAUUCGUGGGUAAGGCAGAAGUUCUGGUGAAAUUGGUGCCAAAGCCAACGGUGGCGAUUGCUGCGGCGCCGAUUAUUGACCGCUGUGUGGGCACCACUGGCUACACAUUUGAUUUCAACUUCACGGGGUCUGCGCCGUAUGAGGUGGACUACCUGGUGAAUAAGCUUGUCCACGGGGAGGAGGUUCCGGUGUCGUUCCAAACGAUUCGAUCACCCGAACUGCACCACAUCGUGGAGUACCAGCCUAAGAACGCGGGCGAUUACAUAAUCUACUUCAGCGCGUUACGGGACAAGUUUUACCGAAAAAUAACGCCGUUAGAUAGAGAACUCCACACGUACAAGACCUACUUUACGAAAAAGUCGCGUGCCGUUUUCGGAAAAACCCACUACGAUGUUUGCCACAACCGCACAGCUGUUGUUUUAGUUGCCUUGGAGGGCAGCGCACCGUUCGCACUUUCCUACCAGAUCACCAACCCGAAAGGCCAAGUUAAAUCCUACGCCGAAAAGGGCAUCACCGCCAAUACGUUUGAGAUUCAGACCCCGUUGCUCGCACAGAGCGGGGAUUACCAGGUGGAGAUCACUAACGCCAAGGACAAGAGCGGAUGCGAUGUUGAAUUCAGCGGAGCCGCUAGGAUCCGGGUAAAGCCCGCGGUGCCUCAUCUCACGUUUAAAAAACAGGAGAAGAUUAAGAUCGUUGAGGGCAGUGAGGUGGUGGUUCCGCUUAGUGCCAAGAGCAUUCAGGACUUGAGCUAUAGCCUCAAUGGGAAGAUCAAUAAGCUCGUCGACGGCGCCAAAGGCUUUACUGUUCGUCAAAACGGGAUGUACAAGCUCCUUGGGUACAAGCAGAGCGACUGCCCCGGUACGGCAUCCGGUUCUAUCACCGUGGAGUAUUAUCCAAAGCCAGACAUGAGGGCCACAAAUGUCACAUCUAUGGGGCCGAGCCAGUGGCUGGCUGACUCCUUCUGCCAGCAUUGCGAGCGCACCUUUGAUGUGGUGUUGUCUGGCACCGCCCCCUUUACGGUAGAAUACGAACUCAUCCAUCCGUCGGGAAAGACUGAGCACUUGGUGGAAGUUGUGACUUCCAAUGCAUUUACUUUUGGAAUGGCCUCUGCGGAGAGUGGUAGAUACGAAUACAGCUUCACCGGGGUGUACGACUUUUAUUACACAAAAUCUGCCAUGCGGUCGGUGGCGCCCGCCUUUGAUCCGUUCAGCGUCAGCUACACCGUCAAUGCGUUGCCCGACGCGCACUUGGGCACCAAAACGUACCGUUUCCAGACGUGCCAGGGCAAUAUUGGCUCCCCGGAGUUGUUGAAUCCGGUUCCGUUGACCGUGCAAGGAGCUGCGCCUUUUGACGUCACGUUGAAAAUCACCCACAAUACCGGGAAUUCCGAGGAACGUGUCUUGCAGGUCAGUAGUCUCGAGCAUAGCAUGUACGAUGUGUACAACGGCUUGGACAUGGGUUCACACGUGGUAACUAUCGUCCAAGUAGUUGACGGAAACGGGUGCGUCAGCACUGGUUUCUCUGAGUUCAAUAACGUGGUCAUUACCAUCACCGAGGUGCCCAAGAUUGAAAGAGUCACCUCCCGUGAGCACUACUGUGUGGGGGAUCACGUGAGCUACGAGUUUUUUGGGGUCUCUCCAUUUGCCAUAUACUAUACCUUUGAUAGUGUUCCACAGAGGGCUGAGGUCUCCAAAUCAUUUACCCGUUUGGCGUCCAAGCCAGGCGAGUUGGCCGUCAUGGCAAUCUCCGACUCCUCCUCUGCAUGUCUUGUGAACUUUACCAAGCCCGAGCUCCGCGAGCAGUUUGAAAGUUUGAAGUUGUAUGUGCAUCCGUUACCGUCAGUCAUUGUUUCCCAGGGUGAAUACGUUGUAGAAGACAUCUACGAAGGUGACCAGGCGGAAGUGUUAUUUACCUUUGAAGGGACGCCUCCGUUUACCUUGACCUACACCCGGACCGUGGAGGCUGACAGAAAGCACCGCAAGCCUAGAAUCUUCGAGACGGAAACGAUCAACGAUAUCUGGGAGUAUGAACACAUCAUUCUCACCAGCUUGCAGGGUACGUACGAGGCCAUUGAGGUCGCGGACGCCUUCUGUGUGGCUAGAAACCACAAGUAACCAAGGGAGACAAACACUGCAUCUUCUCCCUCUGUACAUUAUUUCUCCCUUCCU